UUUGUGUAAGGCUCUAAGUCAGUUAGAACCAGAACUUUAGAUUCUCAGCUGCAAAGUGAGCACUGACACUUACCCUCCUCCCCACCUAGUUUGAUCUUGUCAUGUACACAGCACGUAUUUCCUUCUCAAGCCCAGUUUCUCAUAGAGCACAGAGCUUGACACCCCUCAGCUGCAGAGAUGAAUAAUCAAACAGUAACUUACUCAGAACUGAAUCUGGCCAAGAACCCAAAAAGGCAGCAAAUCAAACCUAAGGACACUGAUAGCUCCUUUUCAGUCACUGAGCGGGAAAAUACUUAUGUGGGAUUAAACCUUCACAGUGCUUCUCAAGAUCGUCAAAAGAAUGACAAGACUUUCCACUGCAAAGGGAAGCUCAUUGCUGGGACCCUGGGACUCAUCUGCCUUGUCUUGACGGUCGGUGUAAUAACCGUGAGAGUCACAAGUAAUAACUCUAAUGAAAUCAUGGACGAGAACAGAACUCAGAAAGCUAAUCAUUGUCACCGUUGUCCAGAGGACUGGUUCUCCUAUUCCAACCAUUGCUAUUAUAUUAGCAGUGAUAUAAAAAACUGGACUGAGAGUCGGAUGGCCUGUGUUUCUAAGAAAUCUCAUCUGUUUUAUAUGGAUAAUGAAGAAGAAAUGAAGUUAAUGAAGAUUCUACCGUUUUCUUCAUGGAUUGGACUCUUUCGUAAAAGCAGUGAUUAUUCCUGGUUAUGGAUAAAUGGUUUACCUUCCAACCAAAAGUAAGUUUUUCUGAAUGAUGUCAUAUAGAAGAAAAAAUACAAAAAAGAAAAACUUGGAUAAGUAAUAUUAAUAAAUGUGACUGAAAUGAAUUGUAAACAUGCAGA